CAGCCUGAUUAUUUUUGAACCCUCUGCCCCAACCCCCUCCACAGCACAGUACACCCAUGCAAAAACAAAAACGCCAAAUCAAAAACAACAAAACGAAACGAAAUAAACUGGAGAUUCCUGAUGAAAAUUCUUGUCUAACAUGUCGGAACCGUACGAGAACUUCCAAAAGUUGUUUACCGUCCGCGCCGAAAAUUUUGGCAACGAUGAGCAGUUCGUACUGGACACCAGAGACCUGGACUUACCGGUGCAUAUCAAGUGGAACUUCCUGGGCAUCGUCUCGUUCCUGCUGAGCCAUCCCUUGGAUGAGAACACAGAGGCCAUACUGGACCAAUUGCUGGCCAUGGGCAAAAGGGUCAACAACGAAAUGGGCAACGUCCCGGCCCUGACAGCUCUGGCCCUUCAAUCCCAAGAUCAAAACCAAGCGCCCGUCAUCAGCCGUAUGACGAAAAAGCUGCUGGAAAAGCAAGCUGACCCAUUGUUCAUAUCAAGAAAAACCUGCAGGUCUAAAUAUACCGUACCUGACGCUCUGGGAAUGGCCGCUUUUUCUCGAUGCGUGCCUAUGCUGCGGCAGCUGUUGGCCUACUGGUGGCCAAGUCCGAUUUACGUUCUCGACAGUUGGACGGGUCACAUGCCACAGCAAUUCAAAUUCCUCUUCCCCAUCCUAAUGCAGUAUGGCUGGCCCCAUGGAACGCCUAUUUGUGAGGACGUCGAGUAUUUCAUUGACAGUGUCAUCGAACGCAAUAUCGAAGACGACAUGACGGAGUGGAAAAACUUUAAAGUUCUAAUGCGCAGCCAGCCAAGCUCGCUGAAGAAACUUUGUCGAAUUGUGAUCAGGAAGACCAUCGGACUCGGAAAGCAGAAUGGACACGAGUAUUACCAGUGCAUCGAGAAAUUGGACAAUUUGCCAACUGCGUUGAUCAGCUUCUUGCUUCUUAAAGAACCUUGAAGAUGUGCAAAGGCACAAUUCUCAUUUUUUUCUCUCUCACAUUUCUGUGAUAUGGAUGAUUUAAUUUAACUACACUUAUAUUACACCAGUGAACAUUGGAGCUCUCUUGCAAGUAUUUUGAAUAAAAAUUAAAUGAAAUUACAACAUUACAAGUGCAAUUUCUAA